AUGCAAAGCUGGCAAGAUAAUUCAGGCCAAUUGGGUUACAUUGGGCCGACCUUCGACAACGGCGAUGGCACCGACAGCUGGUGCUUGAACUUCAAGAAGCUGCCAGCAGGAAUGAUCACAGACAUCAACAAAUAUUAUCGCAACCAGCAGUUCGCCACAACUCAUAUAUUCGUGAGUAUAAUAAAUAAUCUGGUCAAAUGUUUAGAAAACCUGAAGCAUUCGAGACGACCUUUUAUAAUCAAGUGUUGUGGAGGUUCGAAAUGUUCGUCAUCUUUUAAGCAUAAACCACCGCUACGUUCGAGCGAUUUGAAAACGAAUAACACUACUAUCCUUAAAAAAGCCAGCACUCCAGAGCAUUUUCAAACAGCUGAAACUAAAAAUGAGAGCAGGGAAUACGAAAAUAGGGCUGAUCCAACCCCCUCUGAACCAAACCAAAAUUAUCCCAUUGCAACAGAAACAAUUUCCUCUGAUCAAGGCAUUGCGUCCUCUGAGACAGAAUAUCCUAAAAGCACCUCUCCAGCAGCAGAAGCGAAAACUACCCUGACCACAGCUGCGAAACGUAAAGAAGAUUUUCAAGACUCUUGCCUUCCUCUUAAGUGCAACAAAGACAGCACAGUGUUUGAUGCAAAUGGAAAAAUCAAAGAUGGAGAAAAGUACGGAAAGUGGACGCGCACCUGCGACAAAUCGUACCUCUUCUCUAACAAGCUUGGAACUUGGCAGCAGAAUUGGGACUUUUGUUGCAGUUUAGGAAUGCACCCGAUAUGGUUUAACUCGGCAUCCGACUUUGAAUGUUUAAGCAACUCGACCAAAGCGAACUGGACGCAAAACUGGAAUUAUUGGACGGCGGGACACGCAAUGGGCACCUGGGGUCAGUGGGCUUGGUGUCCAGGGGCCGUCAACCUUCCCGACUCGCUUUCCUGGGCUCCGGGGCAACCGGACAACGCCCAGCAGCCUGACGAGAAUUGCCUUCAUUUGCAAGUGACGAAAAAUUCGAGCGGUGUAGUUUUGUCGGACCGGAAUUGCAGCCAUAAGUACAUCAUCGCUUGCCAGGAAUCAUUUUUCACAAAGGGAAUAAUUAAAGAUCUGUUUGUCCACGGCCAGUGGAACGCCGGUUGUGGAAAGGAUUAUCUCUUUUCAGCUGCAACUUUGGAUUGGUUGGGCGCGUGGAAUUAUUGUUGCUCAGUUGGAAUGAAACUGGCCUCGAUUGAGGCUAUUGAGGAAUUGAGUUGUCUCACGAACAUGGUUGCGAAAUAUCCCAAAGCGGCUUACCCUGAUCAAUGUGGACGCGAUUUCUGGACAUCUGGCACCAACCGCGGUUGUCCUGGCUCUCACUUCUGGUGUUCUGACGACGAAAAAUUGAACAAGGAGGAAAUAGCCAACUGGAAAAACGGGAUAUUGCCCUCGGAGAGUGCUGAUCAGUGCAUUUUCAUCAAUUUGUCAAAUUCAACUUUGAGUGAGACCUAUUUGGGCGCUGCCUCUUGUACCGAGCAAAAACCGUUUCUUUGCGAGGCCUUGCAACCGGGCAAAAAAUCGAUGCAAAUCGAACGCACUUGCAAAGAAAUUUGGAAUGUGACAGACAAAGAAGUGAAUGAUAUAAUCAUGAAUCCAAGCGGCGACGUCGUCAACCAAAGACGCAAUCUCAAAUGUUAUUUAAGGUGCUGCGGGAAAAAAGGACACGUUAUAAAAAGUGGGUCACUGGUGACGGAUCAAAUUUUGCGCAACUUGGAGGACUUGACGGCCGACGACCCGCAAGCAAUGCAGAAUGGCUUUCAAAACUUUGAUUCCUGCGCUUCCUUGCAGUCCACUGACGAAUGCAACACGACGGCCCAGGUGUUCGGGUGUGGAAAGAAAAAUGCACCAGACCUGACAAUCGGAAUCGUCACUGCCAACAAAGGAGACGCCACUGUUUCAGUUACUGCUACAGGGGGAAUUAAAACCAGCGGGAGAUUAUGUUCUGAGUAUCCAGCAGCAAGUUGUGUACCAAAUCAAGCAAAUAUCGAUGAACUUAAAAACACGGGAAAAUCAUCGUUGGGAGUUCUCAUGACAUCAUCGACUGGUAAAAAAUAUUUCAAGACACAUUUACAUGGACUUACCGACGCUCAAGCAGAAGCACAAUGCUGUGCUUUUGGCACUCACCUUGCCAUUUUCGAAAGCUUAGAAGAUUUCAAAGCUUUUGUGCAAAGCUGGCAAGAUAAUUCACGCUACUGGGUUUACAUUGGGCCGACUUUCGACAACGGCGAUGGCACCGACAGCUGGUGCUUGAACUUUAAGAGACUGCCAACAGGAUUGAUCACAGACAUCAACACUUUUUAUCGCAACCAGCAGUGGAGCCUUACUCAUAUAUUCGUGAGGCAAGGCGCUGAAUUAGAAUUAGUCUCAAAAGAAGUUGGGGCUCACCAUGUUUUAUGUGGCCCACUUCCCUUCUAAUUUAUCUCAAUUUUGAUUAAAUUAUUCCAAUCGUAGAAAAUAUUUGGAUUUAUUUUGUGUUUGGUAUAAUGGUAUUUUUUGCUCGGCAACAAAAUAAUAGAAAAAAUAGCUGUGUGUCUUCAUAAUUGCAGCGGUUGUUGUUUGUAUGACAUAUAGUGUGAUAUAUAAUGUAAAG